ACCGUCAUGUCUGGGAUUGCCGCGAAGGUGGCGAAGGAGCGCGCGGCGGCCCGGGGCCUGGGCAGCAACGCCAAGGCCGUCAAGCACCUCAACCAGGACUUCCAGGCGCUGCGGGACGAGUGUGUGCAGGCCGGGCGGCUCUUCCAGGACCCCGCCUUCCCCGCCGCCGCCGCCUCCCUCGGCUACAACGAGCUGGGACCCAAGGCGGCCAAAACGCAGGGCGUCGCCUGGAAAAGGCCCACGGAGCUAUGUUCUAAUCCUCAGUUUAUCAUUGGAGGGGCUACCCGGACUGAUAUCUGCCAAGGAGCUUUAGGAGACUGCUGGUUGCUGGCAGCCAUUGCAUCUCUGACUCUGAAUGAAGAGAUUUUGGCUAGAGUUGUUCCCAGUGAUCAAAGUUUCCGGGACAGAUAUGCAGGAAUCUUCCAUUUCCAGUUCUGGCAGUACGGAGAGUGGGUGGAUGUUGUUGUUGACGACAGGUUGCCCACCAAAAAUGGAGAGCUCCUCUUUGUUCACUCAGCAGAAGGGAGUGAGUUCUGGAGUGCCCUGCUAGAGAAGGCGUAUGCCAAGGCGAAUGGAUCAUAUGAGGCUCUGUCUGGAGGAAGUACCACAGAGGGUUUCGAGGAUUUCACUGGUGGUAUUGCAGAGUGGUAUGAGCUGCAAAAAGCACCACCAAACCUGUUCAAAAUCAUCCAGAAGGCUCUUCAGAGAGGUUCUCUCCUUGGAUGCUCAAUUGAUAUCACAAGUGCUGCUGAGACUGAGGCUGUCACAACACAGAAACUGGUCAAAGGGCAUGCCUAUUCUGUAACAGGUGCAGAAGAGGUGAAUUUCCGAGGCAGCAUGCAGAAAUUGAUCAGAAUCCGAAAUCCCUGGGGAGAAGUAGAAUGGACUGGAAAAUGGAAUGAUAACUGCCCAAGCUGGAAUAGUGUUGAUCCUGAUGUGAGAGAGAGACUAACCAGGAGACAUGAAGAUGGAGAAUUCUGGAUGUCAUUCAGUGAUUUCCUGAGGCAUUAUUCCCGCCUUGAGAUCUGCAAUUUGACUCCAGACACACUGACCAGUGAGAUGUACAAGAAGUGGAGCCUGAAUGUUAUGGAUGGGAACUGGCGGAAAGGGUCCACCGCUGGUGGCUGCAGAAAUUACCCCAAUACAUUUUGGAUGAAUCCACAGUAUUUGAUUAAACUUGAGGAAGAAGAUGAAGAUCCUGGUGAUCCUGAGAAAGGCUGCACCUUCCUAGUGGGCCUGAUUCAGAAACACCGUAGGAAGCAAAGGAAGAUGGGGGAGGAUAUGCAUACCAUUGGCUUUGGCAUCUAUGAGGUACCUCAACAGUUUUCUGGCCAAACUAAUGUUCACCUGAACAAGAACUACUUUCUUACAAACCGAGCAAAAGAGCGAUCAAAUACUUUCAUCAAUCUCAGAGAGGUGUUAAACCGAUUCAAGCUUCCAGCAGGAGAAUACAUUAUUGUGCCAUCCACUUUUGAGCCCAACAAGAAUGGAGAUUUCUGCCUCCGAGUGUUCUCUGAGAAGAAUGCAGAAUCACAAGUUGUUGAUGAUGAGAUUGAAGCCAAUAUUGAAGAGAAAGAAGUCACUGAAGAUGAAAUUGAGCCAAGUUUUAAGAAACUGUUUGGACAGUUAGCUGGAGAGGAUGGUGAGAUCUCAGCCUUUGAACUAUGUAAUAUUCUGAAAAAAAUCAUGGCUAAACGCCAAGACAUUAAAUCAGAUGGCUUCAGCAUUGAAACAUGUAAAAUCAUGGUUGAUCUAUUAGAUUCUGAUGGGAGCGGUAAACUGGGACUGAAGGAGUUCCAUGUACUUUGGACAAAGAUUCAGAAAUACCAGAAAAUUUACCGGGAAAUAGAUGUAGAUCGUUCGGGAACCAUGAACUCCUAUGAGAUGCGGAAAGCCUUAGAGCAAGCAGGGUUCAAACUGGAUUGCCAGUUGCACCAAGUCAUCGUGGCCCGUUUUGCUGAUGAACAGCUGAUAAUUGAUUUUGACAACUUUGUUAGGUGUUUGAUCCGACUGGAAACUUUAUUCAAGAUAUUUAAGAAAUUGGAUACUGAGAAAACCGGAACCAUACAGAUGAACCUUGUCACUUGGGUGUGCUUUACUAUAAUAUGAAGAAGCAACAGAUCUUAGCUGAAGACUUCACGCAGGAAAACGGUUUAAAAU